AUGGUCCACUACAAGCUGCACUAUUUCGCUUUGUACGGACGAGGCGAGCCGGCGCGACAACUUUUCGCUCUAGCCGGUCAACCCUAUGAAGACGUGCGGAUCAGUAUGGAGGAUUGGCCUAAGCAUAAAGCAGAAAUGCCUUAUGGACAAGUUCCCGUUUUGGAGGUGGACGGCGAGUUUCUCCCGCAAUCGAAUGCCAUCUAUCGCUUUUUGGGAAGACAAUUUGGUUAUGCUGGAGAGACUGAAAUCGAGGCGGCUCAAGUGGACAUGAUUGGUGAUCUUUUCCAGGAUUACUUUAACGAGUACCGCGAGUAUUUCACCGUCGCUGUCGGCUUCACCCAGGGUGACAAGGAGUUUUUGUUCAACUCGGUGAUGGUGCCAGCGAGAAACAAAAUGCUCCGAUACCUCUCAAACAUUCUCCGAUCGAAUGGAACCGGGUUUUUGGUUGGGAAAUCGGUGACGUAUGCCGACUUGUUGCUUUCGAUUCACACCGCUGGAAUGGAGGGGAUUGCGCCCGGGUUCUCAAACGAUUUUCCUAGGAUCUUGGAGCACCGUGAGCGAAUCGAGUCAAUCCCGCAGCUUAAGGAGUACCUAGCUCAUCGGCCAUUCGCUCCAUUC